AGAAGCUCAGCUCACACAGAGGUUGAAGAUGGUAAAGUUGUUCAGAGUUCACCUCGAGCUUCCAGGUUAAAUUUGGACAAUAGUUGCUCUCUGAUCAUCAACAACAUCACUGCUGAUGAUGCUGGAAGAUACGUCUGUAGACCUGGUUCAGAAAACACCUUUGAUGGUUUAGUCUUUCUGAAUGUUUUAACCAUUUCAGACGCUGAUUCAACAAAUGAAGAUUUCACAUUACAGUGUUCUCUGUGGAGAGACGAAGAAUUUACUUCUUGUCCAGAGAAAAGUUUCCGCUGGUUUGAUGAGACAGGAAGUGAACUGACUGGUGAAAAUGUUGGAUACAACUUAAGAAGAACAAGAGUUUGUGUUUCUUCUCUAACUGUGAAGAAUCAGAGCGACACCAACAGAAGAUUCACCUGCCAGCUUGUUGAAGGAAAUGAAGUGAAGGUUGAAGUUCAAUACACACAAGUCCAUCUCUACCACAGAGCAGGAGAUGAAGCUGUUCUGCCCUGUAACAGACCUUCAUCAUCCGACUCAUGCUCCUCUGUUGACUGGAUUUAUCAGAGUAAUGAAGACAUGAUCAGGAAACAGGAAGUUCAUAGAGGAAUGGUUCAGAGUUCACCUCGUUCUGCCAGGAUGAGUUUGGACAGAAAAUGUUCUCUGAUCAUCAACAACAUCACAGCUGAAGAUGUUGGACGUUACAGCUGUGGAUAUAAUACAGAUGUGUAUCUAAACAUGAUGAUCAUCUCUCUAACAGAUUCUGAUCCAACAAAGAAUGAAGAGAUCACAUUAUUCUGUUCUCUGUUGACGUUCAGAUCAUCUGGUUUUUGUCCAGAUAAAAGUUUCCUCUGGUUGGAUGAGACAGGAAGUGAACUGACUGGUGAAGGUGAUGGAUAUAAAUAUGGAGGACAGUUUGGUUGUGUUUCUAGUCUGACUGUGAAUCUUCAGAGCAGCAGAAGAUUCACCUGCCAGUUUGUUGAAGGAAACAAAGUGAAGAUAGAAGCUCACUAUGGAUCUGAAGGCCCCCCCGCCUCGUCUCCUCUGAGCUUCAUCAUGUUGACUCUGAAGAUCACAGGACUGAUCCUGAUGGUUGGAAUCACUGUUGGUAUCAUCAGAACCAGAGGAAGAAAAAAGCCUCAGAAAGACGUUAAUGUUCGUUUUGCUGUUGAUGACGACUCAGUGAAUUAUGAAAAUGAUGGAGAACGUUCUGCUGCCGCCGCUCUCCACUGAGCUUCAUCACAUCAGUUACAGUUUAUUAAAAAUGCUCUAUUUGGGGCGUGCUGUGGUGGCGCAGGGGGUUAGCAC